AUGUCUCUAAUCUUGAAGGAAGAGUCUUUUCUAAUUUUGUGUGCUCAAUACGAGAGUUUCGAGCUCCUUGAGGCAUUCGAGCUGCCCAAAGACUUGCACAAGCAUCUCAUCUCUGUUCUCAUUUUCAUCAAGAGCAGUGUUAUUCAGUCGAAGGAUCAAUUCCUUCAGCCCAAGGCAGACCUAGUUGUUGGGGAUAACAUUGCCGAUCUUCGGCCCGGUGUAGCUUGCAUUGUCUUGACUCAUUUGUAG